AUGGUUUGACUCACCUCUUGUUUUCAGGCUAUAAGUUGAUAGGAAGCCAUUCUGGAGUGAAGCUCUGUCGGUGGACAAAGUCGAUGCUCCGAGGCAGAGGCGGCUGCUACAAGCACACGUUCUAUGGAAUCGAGAGCCACCGCUGCAUGGAGGCCACGCCGAGCCUGGCCUGCGCCAACAAGUGUGUGUUCUGCUGGAGACAUCAUACAAAUCCCGUGGGCACGGAGUGGCGAUGGAAAAUGGACCAACCUGAGAUGAUCUUGAGGGAAGCUCUUGAGAAUCAUCAGAACAUGAUCAAGGAGUUCAAAGGAGUGACAGGAGUGAGGGCAGAGCGCUUCGAGGAGGCGAUGGCAGCCAGGCACUGCGCUCUGUCCCUGGUGGGGGAGCCCAUCAUGUACCCCGACAUCAACCGCUUCCUGCGCCUCCUGCACCAGCGUGGCAUCUCCAGCUUCCUGGUUACCAACGCACAGUUCCCAGAGGAGAUCAGGUGA